GUUUAAACGUGAACGUGGUCCGUCGACGACAUAUUGGCGUGUAUGCCGAAAUAAAACUUAAAUUUAAAUAAAUUACCAUAAAACUGAAAUAAGAGUGCUCUUAAAAUGCUACCAACUAUCCGUACAUGUUGAAGAAAAGACUGGAAAAAUCCUUUUCAUUGUUACGGACACUUUUUUGUUUAAUUAAAAACCAUUAAACUUUAAAAAAUAAAGUCAUGAGUUCGUGGCAGUCUGGCCGGAGGAAGCCAUUACCGUUGGCUCUGGUAUGCAUCCUAUUCACACUGCUCUGCAUCUUGGUCUGCAAUGGGGUGGAGGUGACAUCACCCACUAAGAAGUCCGCUCCCCUUCGAAUUACCAAACCGCAGCCCACAAGUCAACAGGCCAAGCCCAUCAGUAUUACCACAAAGGCCCCAACAACGGUGGCUGAAACCACCGACGAUGGCGUCUCCAGCUCCGUCGAUGGCCAACUGGCUCCACUCAUCUCAUCCACAACCGAAGGGAGCAGCAGUGGAACCACGGCCAACUUAGUGCCGGAAAUAUGUCACAAAGGUCUGCAGUUGACCGUCAACAGUGCGGAUGAGGGAACAGUGAUACGAAACCAGGAGGAGUUUGUCCAGAUACUCGAGGGCUAUGUGAUGCUCAGUGUUCUGACCAAGGAUCCUGACUCGGCGUUGUUCGUUAUCAAUCGAGUGAACCAGGCGAAUAUCAUAAUGGCAGACUUUGAAAUUGGAAUUCGCGCCAUCAACAUCGACAACGACAGUUUGGCGGAGAAUUUGCUCCUGCAGGAGGUUCAAUUUCUGCAGCAAUGCACUCCUCACUCCAUGGGCAUUUUCCUUGACUGGGAACUGUACAAACAACUGGAGUCGACUAUAAAGGACCUUGAGUACAAUAUCUGGCCAAUACCAGGAACACGCGCCCAGCUUUUCCCCAAAGUGGCACAUUUGUUGCACCAAAUGCCUUGGGGCGAGAAAAUCGCAUCCGUGGAAAUUGCUGCCGAAACUCUGGAGAUGUACAACGAGUUCAUGGAGGCUGCCCGCCAGGAGCACAUGUGCUUGAUGCACUUCAAAAGUGACGAGAAUGUGUACAUAAUGUUUGGCAAUAAGCUGGCCAGCAACUUCAAAGAAAAUGGAACUCUGUUUUCCGUUCCCACCGAUCGAACAGACGAUGAAUUUAUUGCAGAUCUACCAAACCGAGCCUUUAUCUUGAUGGAGAAAGAAAUCGACUUAAGUACAACCACCGAGCUAGACUCCACGCACUCCACUCUCGACGAGAUCCUGAUCGGGAAGAGCGUGCUGCCGUCGCGAGUCCUGAGCUUCGCGGGCACCAUAAUCGACCUGAUGAACUGGCUGCGUGGAUCCCUGUCCAAGCACUGUAAACGGGAUGAGGAAAGUGACUUUUAUGAGGUGGAGACCUGCUUCAACUUCCUAAACUUCAUCGAGGACUGGAGGACAUCGGAGUAUCGUCAAGCCCAUGAUACAGCUGAGAUCCUGUCGCGACUGCUGAUGCGGAAAAUGGGCACCUCCAUGAAUUUCCAAAUGUAUCAGAAGAAAGUCCAAACGCUAGACAAGAUCACGGGGGAAUCCCGCACCGAAUUGCGUGAGAUUGCCACGCAGAACUUUGUGAGCAAUGUGACCACCUACUACCACUACAAUCGGGAUAAUCACACAAGUCUCGAGCUAAAGACCAAGUUUGGACAGGUGUUCAACUGCCAGUACAGUGCGGGUGAUAAUAGGAGAUAUCCCUUCCUGUUCGAUGGCGAAUCGGUGAUGUUCUGGCGCAUCAAGAUGGACACGUGGGUGGCAACUGGGCUGACUGCCGCUAUUCUCGGCCUGAUUGCCACGCUGGCCAUCCUGGUGUUCAUUGUGGUGCGCAUUUCGCUGGGCGAUGUCUUCGAGGGCAAUCCUUCCACCUCAAUCCUGCUCCUUCUGUCCCUCAUCCUGGUCUUCUGCUCCUUUGUCCCCUUUUCGAUUGAGUAUGUGGGCGAGCAGCGCAACUCGCAUGUGACCUUCGAGGAUGCCCAAACUCUGAAUACCCUGUGUGCGGUGAGGGUUUUCAUUAUGACUCUGGUCUACUGUUUUGUCUUUUCCCUCCUCCUCUGCCGAGCCGUGAUGCUGGCUUCGAUUGGUUCGGAGGGUGGCUUCCUGUCCCACGUGAAUGGCUAUAUCCAGGCGGUGAUUUGCGCCUUCAGUAUCGUCGCCCAAGUGGGCAUGUCCGUGCAGCUUCUAGUGGUGAUGCACGUCGCCUCGGAAACCAUAUCCUGCGAGAAUAUAUACUACGGCCGAUGGCUAUGGGGUCUUUUGGCCUACGACUUCGUACUGCUUUGCUGUGUGGGCGCUUUGAUACCCUCUAUAUACCGAUCGCAACGCAACUAUCGCGAAGGAGUCCUCAUCGUGAUCGGUGCGGUGCUCAUUAUGGUGAUUUGGGUCGCCUGGAUAGCAUUAUCCCUGUUUGGGGAUGAGUGGCGCGAUGCGGCCAUUCCGCUGGGACUACAGGCCUCUGGUUGGGCGGUACUGGUGGGCAUCCUGAUACCUCGCACCUUCCUCAUUGUGAGGGGUAUUGAGCGGUCGGAUAUUGCCCAGGCCCUGCCCUCGCUAACAUCGCUGGCGUUUGCCCAGAACAAUCAGUACUCCUCGGAUCAGAGUGUCUAUGAGUGCGUGAAUCCAGCCAUGCGGCACUGUUCACAGGAGGAGAUGAACCACCAGUCGCCCAGUGAGAUUCCAACGUUACCCUUGCGAGGAGGAGGCCCACGUCGCCAGCAGUUCUUCGCCAAUCUCCGCCAGGCCAAUGCGAACAUCAAUCCACAACGUCCUCCUCCGCGACCCCAGCAAAGUCCUUCCCGCUCCUCGGUUUCUUCGCUGCCCCCCUCGCCCGAUCACAACAAGAUCACGAGAUUCUAAGCCACUCCGUGUGUCAUCAGGCACUUCUAGUCAAAGGUCCCAGUACGUGAAUUCACCUAAAAACUGUUCAACAUUUUGAAUCACUGACGAACCAAGAUCUUAAGGAAGUUGAAAUAAUAAAUCAAUAAAAAUACCCAUUAUCACUAU